UUUUUACAGACAAACAAACACCAAAUCAGCAGCCAGAUUAAUCGCGGCUUCACCUUUUCUUCUUUCUCCACUGCAAAAAGCCACUCACAUUUUCCCUCUUUAAAGCUUCAUCAAUGCCUCUUCCUCCUCUUUCCCUCUAAUAAUUCUCUUCUCUUCUCUAGCUGUUUCAGAUAUAUUUUACAAGAUUUUUGUAGAGUAAGAAAACAGAGCAAACAUGCUUCCAAACAAGCAAGCUGAAGAAGCUAUAGUUCCUGGUGAAAUGAAAGGUGCUAAUGAGCAAGAACAACAACAACAGGGGGAACAAGAUGCAGGGGUAGAACAGUCAAUGUCUGGAUUCAAGAACUUUCUUUGGCAUGGUGGUUCUGCUUAUGAUGCUUGGUUCAGUUGUGCUUCAAACCAGGUGGCUCAAGUGCUCUUAACUUUGCCAUACUCUUUCUCUCAAUUGGGUAUGCUUUCAGGAAUCAUAUUACAAGUGUUUUAUGGUCUUCUUGGAAGUUGGACUGCUUAUCUCAUCAGUGUUCUCUAUGUGGAGUAUAGAGCAAGGAAGGAGAAAGAGAAUGUCAGCUUCAAGAAUCAUGUGAUUCAGUGGUUUGAAGUGUUGGAUGGUCUUUUAGGCCCACAUUGGAAAGCUGUGGGGUUAGCCUUCAACUGCACCUUCCUUCUCUUUGGCUCUGUCAUACAGCUCAUAGCUUGUGCAAGCAAUAUAUACUACAUAAAUGAUCAUUUGGACAAGAGGACAUGGACGUAUAUAUUCGGAGCGUGUUGUGCUACUACCGUCUUCAUACCCUCUUUCCACAACUACCGAAUUUGGUCGUUUCUUGGGCUCGGCAUGACCACCUACACCGCUUGGUACCUAGCCAUUGCAGCGUUGGUCCAUGGCAAGGUUGACGGUGUGGUUCAUUCGGGUCCUACGAAGCUCGUGUUGUACUUCACUGGAGCCACAAACAUACUCUACACUUUCGGCGGACACGCAGUCACAGUUGAAAUAAUGCACGCGAUGUGGAAGCCGAGGAAAUUUAAAUACAUAUAUCUAUUUGCUACAUUGUAUGUAUUCACAUUAACUCUCCCGUCAGCUGCCGCAAUGUAUUGGGCCUUCGGUGACCAGCUUUUAAACCAUUCCAACGCGUUUUCCCUUCUGCCACGAACGCGGUUUCGUGAUGCAGCUGUUAUCCUCAUGCUAAUCCAUCAGUUUAUAACAUUUGGUUUCGCGUGUACUCCGCUGUAUUUUGUGUGGGAGAAAGUGGUGGGGAUGCACGAUACAAAGAGCAUAUGUUUACGGGCUUUGGCUAGGCUGCCGGUUGUGAUACCAAUAUGGUUCCUAGCCAUCAUCUUCCCGUUUUUCGGUCCGAUUAACUCGGCUGUUGGGGCUCUGUUGGUUAGCUUCACCGUCUACAUUAUCCCGGCUCUAGCCCAUAUGCUCACCUACCGAAAGGCUUCUGCGCGUCAGAACGCGGCGGAGAAGCCACCAUUCUUUCUACCGAGCUGGACGGCCAUGUACAUAGUCAACAUAUUCAUUGUGGUUUGGGUUUUUGUGGUUGGGUUCGGGUUCGGUGGGUGGGCUAGCAUGACAAACUUCAUUAAACAAGUUGACACGUUCGGUUUGUUUGCGAAGUGUUACCAGUGCAAGCCACCGCCGCCAUUGCUACCAGCUCAUAAUCAUUGAGUUUGAUGUUUUUUGGGUUCGUUGGUUGUUUUUCUUCGACAUGGUGUCGGGUUUUAGUCUAGUGGUAAUAUAUGAUGUUGUAGUGUGUAAAAUGGUCGAUGAUGAAUUUAGUCAUGGUUGGGAUAUAACAUAGGUUUGAUUUUACUUUGUUGUUUAUGACAAUUUUAUGAAUAUAUAUUCACAAGUUGUUUUUAAUA